CGGAUGUCUACCUGUAUCUCUGCCGAAGAUUCAAAAUCUGUCAUUGCAAUCUAACUGUGCAUGUUCAGAGCCGCAACGACUUCUGCGCACGUGCAGGCAAUGUUACAUACGUCAUAAUACGAAGGUCUAGAAUAGAACUGUAUGCUAGUGGGUCGUACGUGACACAUGUUCGAACCUCAAAAUUCUCCUCGGGCUCGAAAAUUGUUUUGAAAUACUUUAAAUAAACCCCUUUGUUGAAACAAAGGCUUAAAGCUCGAAAGAAUCAUGGUUAAGAAGCGUAAAGUCUACACAGAGACGAAAGAAGAACGAAUGAUGAUGACAAUUGGCGAAAUAAUACAAGGCCUUUUGACAGCUCAUGAAGAACGCCGGGACGUUGAUCUGAAUAAAUUGAAAACUAGAAUCUCUUCAAAAUAUGGUCUCUCAUCGUCACCCAGGCUAGUUGAUAUAAUUGCAGCUGUACCUCUGGACGCUAAGAAAAUUCUGUUGCCAAAGCUUAAGGCCAAGCCAAUUAGAACAGCAAGUGGUAUUGCAGUUGUCGCUGUUAUGUGUAAACCACAUAGAUGCCCUCACAUCAACAUGACUGGUAACAUCUGCGUGUAUUGUCCCGGUGGUCCAGAUUCUGAUUUUGAAUAUUCUACACAAUCAUAUACUGGCUAUGAGCCAACAUCAAUGAGAGCAAUACGAGCUCGAUAUAAUCCAUUCUUGCAAACCAGGCAUCGUGUGGAACAAUUGAAGCAAUUGGGCCACAGCGUUGACAAGGUGGAAUUCAUUGUGAUGGGAGGGACGUUCAUGUCCUUGCCAGAAGAUUAUAGAGAUUAUUUCAUAAGGAAUUUGCAUGAUGCUCUGUCAGGUCACGUAAGUGCCAAUGUGGAUGAAGCUGUGAAAUACUCCGAGCGAAGUAGGACAAAGUGUAUUGGAAUUACCAUAGAAACACGCCCUGACUACUGUCUCAAAAGACACCUUUCUGAUAUGCUUAAAUAUGGUUGUACUCGUCUUGAGAUUGGCGUUCAAUCUGUUUACGAAGAUAUUGCACGAGACACCAACAGAGGACACACUGUGCGUGCAGUUUGCGAAAGCUUUCAGCUUUCAAAAGACGCAGGUUUCAAAGUUGUUGCACACAUGAUGCCUGAUUUACCAAAUGUUGAUAUAGAAAGAGAUGUUGAACAGUUUAUGGAAUUUUUUGAAAACCCAGCAUUUCGUGCAGAUGGCCUCAAGAUUUAUCCCACCCUUGUGAUUCGUGGUACAGGGCUUUACGAGUUGUGGAAGACAGGAAGAUACAAGAGCUAUCCUCCUAGUACACUGAUUGACCUUAUUGCACGAAUUCUGUCUCUGGUACCUCCGUGGACUCGGGUGUAUAGAGUGCAGCGAGAUAUUCCCAUGCCCCUUGUCAGCUCUGGCGUAGAGCAUGGUAAUCUUAGAGAGUUGGCCCUGGCUAGAAUGAAAGAUCUAGGUACGGAUUGUAGAGACGUGAGGACUAGAGAAGUGGGAAUUCAAGAAAUACACCGUAAGGUUCGUCCUUACGAAGUUGAGCUUGUUCGCCGCGAUUACGUUGCCAACAAUGGCUGGGAAACUUUUCUAUCUUACGAAGAUCCUACUCAAGACAUUUUGGUCGGAUUGCUAAGGCUCAGAAAAUGCUCCAAUGAAACUUUCAGGCCUGAGUUAAAGGGGAAAUGUUCAAUAGUCCGAGAAUUACACGUUUAUGGAAGCGUAGUACCAGUCAAUGCAAGAGAUCCAACAAAAUUCCAGCAUCAAGGAUUUGGUAUGCUUUUGAUGGAAGAGGCUGAACGUAUCGCUUUAGAGGAGCAUCAAUCUCAUAAGAUCGCAGUCAUAUCAGGUGUCGGAACUCGUAAUUAUUAUAGAAAAAUGGGAUACGAAUUGGAUGGGCCAUACAUGUCUAAAAUGAUGGUAGAUCUCAGACAUAAUCUGAUAAAGAUGGACUAAAGAUCAUGCAUCGUCGCUCCAGUUGUUUUGCGAAUUUAGAGUGAGCACAAAAAGAUCGAUGUACCAUGAUUACCAGAAUGGAGGUUUAGAAAGUAGCUGCAACCAGGGCAGGGGAGUAACAUUCGAUGAUUUGUUAGAAGCAGCAUUUUUCAUAAGUGAGAGGGAAUAGUAGCUUAAUACUGCCGUCCACAUCAAACCCAAACCACCUGUUUUCAUAUCAAAAUUGUCAUUAGUAUUUUCAAGCCAAAACCGUUUGGUGCACAAUACAUAUUAAUGUGAGAAGUAAAAUAUGUAUUAACGUUACAUUGCUUAUAACUGUAACUGGAACAUUUCAAAUCAUUUACAGCAAAACCAACAUCAUUUUCGAAAGUGUUCAUGCCAAUUGCAGCAAUAAGAUCCACAGUUGUCUAAACAACAAACAUGUUGGUGGAUGAAAUAUAAAGCAAUAAUUCCUUAAUUUUUAGCUCAAAACAGUCUCUUGGCAAUACAUUGGAUGUAUUUAAUACCAUGAAGAAAAAUUAUUAGUCAGUUUAAUCAAACUGUCAGCUACGUACAGAUUCAAUUGUUACAGGUUAAAAAUAUACCACGCGAGUCUUUAAUUACCUAAAACUUGAAAAACCUUUGUCCAAUUGUAAGUUUCCAACAAAUAGGAACCCAGAGAUCCAGUAAGAAGAGUACCUAAAGCCGAUCCUGAUGUCAAAAGGCUAAAAAAUGAGGCUCUGUCUGGUUCAUGUAAACGCUGACUGGUCAAACUUAUCAUACUAGGGAAAUGCAUUCCUGUGAAAAAUAAACAUUAGAACUGAAUUGGUAUUUCGAUAUUUAAAUAAUGAUUGUGAAUGCGCCAUCACCUUGAAAGGCGCCGUUCAACAUGCGAACUGCAGCGAUGAAUUUGACUGAUACCUCAUUAUUGGAAAAAGUGUUAAUGAUUGAUGGCAUGAAGAGUGUAGUAAGUGACCAACCAACCGCGGCAAAGAAUAUCACUUUUUGGCCACCAAUUCGGUCACUGAUGAAUCCACUUGCAACUUGUGUUAAGGU